ACUAUACAGUCAUUUAAUUAGUAAUAUUAUUUUCAAAUAGGUACAAAUAAAACUAAAAUAAUUUGUACUUGCGCAUAUAAUAUCUAGGUACCUACGAAUAUAAUAUUAAUAUUAGUUAUUUCAAUUUUCAAUUUAGUUGUACAAAGUACAAAUAACAUAUAUUAUGUAUAUACAAGUUCUACAGAAUCUGCAAUAGGAUAUAAACCCGAAUCCACUAAGACAUAACAAAAUUAAAACAAAUCAGUGUUUAAGUUUUUAAAAACAAUUUAGAUAAUCCCGUCUGUGGUGGGAGAGUUGGGUUUUUGUUUACUAUUUUACAAUAGAUAUGCGUGGACCCGGCAUAAUAUAGAACAUAAAACACAAUUCUUUUCGAUUUUUGAUCGGUAUCUUUCAAGAGGGUGCACGAUAUACUUGUAUAGGCAUUACGCAACGUAUACGGAUUAUACGUGUACAAACGAUUAGCCACCGGGGAGCUGGGAAAACUAUUUGUAUACUUAAAUAUAUAUAUAUUACAUAUAAGUGUGUUAUAUAACUUAUGAGUUAGUAUAUAUCGCAGUGCGAACAAAAACGUCGCCGUGUUAAAAGUGCCGUUUUACAUAAAUAAUAUGUACAUAUACACGUUUUACAAAAUACAGUUAUAUAUAUAUAUUAUAUAUAAAUAAAUAAUAUCACUACAAAAUACGUAUAGCGUACAGGACGUAGACGGCCCGAGUCGUGUGUGCGUGUGUACCUACGUCACGCGCGAGAAGAAAGCAAGAGAUUAAUAGCGAAAAAAGGAUUUCGUUUUAACAUAAUAUAUAAAAUAUAUAUGUACCUAAUGCGUGUAUAUACCAGCGCGGUGUGUGAUGCAAGUCGUGCGUCUCUCCUUCGGCGGCUCGGACGCGUGCACUUAUAAAAUACACGUGCAUAUAUAUACAUACACGACAUAUAUAUAUAUACAUUGUACAUAGGUAGUUGCGACAUUGUCGUAUGGACCACACGAGAUCCAGCCCGAAGUCAUGACAGUGUGCUGUCGUACGUGUAAAAUAAUGAUGACGAUGAUGAUGGUCAUGCACGCAAGACACGUUACGUUCGCCCUAAAAAACCCGUAAGAAAUCCAAACCGCGUUAACGUCUCCGGGCCAGUGGUGGUUCCUCCUGAAGCCUCUUCUCCACCCAGAUCAUCGAUGUUAUUCCAACAUAGCAACAUACAAUGUGCACCAUGUAAUAUAAUGCUUGUACUUUUUUAACUAGUUAUUUUUUUUAAGAAAGAAUUCCUCCAAAAUUCUACACUGGAUUCACCUGCACUGUCUAUAUAGCCACAAACAUUUAUUUAAAUUAAUUUUAAUUUAAUCUAAAUUCGCAUAUUGACGAAAUUGAACAAUAACUACAUUAUAUUGUAUACAUUGAACGAUGGCUGUCUGGCGUCUGCCGAUCGCAUAUUUCUGUACUUUACAUAAAUAUAUAUAAUUAUUAUAUCGAUCGUGUAUAGGUACAUACGCAAUGCACUGCAAGCGAAGGAGUUGCCGUAUAUGUUCCUUAAAAUAUCAAUAUUAUUGUUCCUUUAAACAUCUUCGAUGAUGUGCUAAUAAGUGGUAUUUUGAAAAUCGGCUAUAUGUAGGUAUAUUUUAAAACAUUAAAUUAAUCUAGAUUCGAACAACAAAUUAUCUCUAUGUAUACUAUUGACGGAAUCCUUAAAACUAUUUUACGUGCAUCGCCAAACUUCCUAGUUUUUACUUUACAAAAAUACCAACUAGAGAUCCAAUUUGCUACCAGAAAACACCUACAAACACACAUCAUUAUAAAGUAUUAAUCGCCCUACUCUAAAUAAUAAAGAAUUUUAAUUAUUUAAUUUUAAAUAAAAGUGUAAUUUAAACCUAAAACACGCCGGCUGUCGUUAAAUGUUAUUAUUUAGUAGGUAUAUGUACAUUUUGUUGGGAACGAAACCAAUAAUUAUUUCCAUAUCUAUGGCUUUAUCAUCUACAAUGAAAAUUAGUUGAUUAAGUUUGUUCAUCAUGACGUCAUUACUACCAUCGCACACGAGACAAAACAGUUUACGACGACGAACACCAACUAAACAUUGCUAAUUGCUAUUGACACGCGGUCACGUAAUAUACAUUUUCCAGUGCUAUUAAUUUAAUUUAAACGUAUAGGUCUAGCAGUAUCGAUAAUAUUUAUGACUCAGUUUAGCCGGGCCAUCAACUCGGAUUCAAUUUACCUAGACCCAAUUGUACAUCACGCAGUCAUGCGUCCUUGUGACAGGGGUCGUCGACAUACGUUCUCGUUCGUUUCAGAGAAUGAAACAAAUGACGGGAGAAUAGAAAAACGAAAAUGACAUAUGACCGUAGCGGAGGGCGUUUGCGCGGUUUUUGGCCGUAACCUUUGCGCGAAGGGUAUUGGCGUCCGCGCGCCUGUCCCGACUUCCCUUCACGACACCACGUGCUCGUAAGCUUUAUAUUCGAACACUUGGGUCCGCCAGCAGUUAGUACAACGCGUGAAAAGCACCAAACUCGAUUAUACAUGCUUAAAACCGUCGUCGACGUUUAAUCGUGCGAUUUUUUUUUUUUUUUGAUUUUUUUCGCCACGGCCUUAUAAUAUUAUACGGUCCGUCGUCAGAUAAUUUCUUGUCGGACACCGGAACAGUCCAUUUUAUUAAAUACCGUUUUACUUGAUAAAUAAGCACACAAAUAAACAUAAAUAUACAUAAUGGGGUGCGGUGGUUCGACGAUGCCAAUGCCGCCCAUGCCGACCGAGGAAUUCAGCAAAAUGAAAUUGGAAAUACCAUCACCCAUAGCGUUUAGCGUUCCGUUGACCGAAGAAGAAGAAAGCGUCGUGAAAAAACAUCCACCAAAGAGACUAAGAAUGUUGGAGGGACAGCAAUCGCCGCCGCUAACCCACGAAAUGUUGUUGGAGAAAUUGGCGGACGCCGAAAAUAGACGACAACAGAUCCUAAGUCAGAGGAUAGAGUCGGCCAAAACGCUGAUGCGGCCCCGAUACAAUAGCGCCAACAAGAUGAACGCCGACGACGCGUUGGUGGAGGAUGCGGACAACGUGGGUGACGAAGAUUCUUAAAAAAGAAUAAUUAUUAUGCCCAUUUAAUAUUAUUAUUUAUAUACCAUAAAAUAUGUCCAAAAUAUUAUACUGUUUUAUCGUGUGUUAGACAAACACGAUACUGUUGUUCUGUUUACGUAUAUAUAUAUAUUAUACAUUUAUAAUUAUAUUAAUUGUUAAUUCUGAUAUUUUAUUUUAGCCGCAUUUAUCUAUAAUUAUUUUUUACACACUUUUAAAUGGUUGCGUUUUGUAUAUUAAUAUAAGAACAUAGCGAACUGUACAAAUAAAAUAACAGCGAACAAUAGAAUAUGCUUCCUUUUAGCCCUUCUGUUAGAUAUUAUAUCAAGUAUAUCACAGUGCCCAAGUACGAUUCAUAAUGUUCGUUAUUUUCCAGACAAUUCAGACGCAUACAUUUAUAAUGUACACAAUAUACACAACACAUAUAUAUAUAUAUAUAUGUUUUUAGGUUUGGAUUCUUUAAAAGUUAAGAUGUAAAAGAAAAGAAUAAAAUAAAGAAUUUAUGUGGGUCCCCUCAAAAAUAUAAAUUGACGAAUAAUACAAACGCUAUUCGUCACCAAUAUUAUGUGACUAUGGAAACUUACCACAGUAAAAUUUCACUGCAGUGAACACGUAUUAGGUGAGAUAAAAUUCACUGCUCCUUCGUAGAUCUUAAUGAGAAACUAUAAAAUAUAUAGUAAAGUGCCUCACAGGAUUUGUCCCCGCGUGUCUUAAAAAUUUUUUUAUCGCAGUCUAGUCAAGUCUGCCUGUAUUAAUACCUAUACAUUAGCUAAUUAACGAUGUAUUAUUACCAUUGUUGUUGUUAUAUUACUUAUAUUAUUAUGUUUGAAGGUUUAUCGAUUAUAUAUUACAAUAAUAUUCAUUUUAAUGUUUCUAUCAUAUGAUAUUUAUAUAUAUAUAUAUAUUUAUGUUUCAUGUAUACCUAAUAUGUUUAAGUGUAUACUUUGUCGAAUAAUAAAAUAUGUACAAUGUUAUACAUUGCAUUGAAAUAUCUUUUAAAAGCCUUUUUGUUGAACAGUAAAUUCUAUAGUUUUCGAUUUGCAUUUGCGAGUGGCGUUUUAAUUCAUACUUAUUUUUGUAUGACAGACGCCUUUUGACGGUGCAACAACAUCUCGCUGCACCUGGAGAAAUUGAACGCUACUUUAGUCACUCACUCGCUGAUCCGGCUGUUUAUAUUCUACACGUCGUUCUGGCUUUAAAAAAUUAAGGCACGUCUCCGAUUACGUAGGUACACACACGUGACAGUUAAAUUUAUGAGCUAUGUAAAUUUAUGUAUUUAUUAUAAAUUAUUAUUUAGAUACGCUACCUAUAUAGACUAAAAUCCACAAAAAUAUUAGUCGACUAGAUUGUUACGGAUUAUAAUAUCGUUUUUAUUCUACGUGUAUAACAACACGGUCGCACAAACAUUUGCGUGGUAUCGUUGGUUUUGUAUUACGACUUUCGGUGAAAUAUAUUACAAUGAAACUUCUCUUAUAACGGACACCUCUAAUUAGCGGACAUUUUUCAAUAACGGACAAAAUUCCCGGUCCUGGCAUAGUACCGUUGAAAAUAAUGGAUAAUACUCCUAAAUAAUAGCGGACAGGUUAGUCCGAAUUGUUUAAAUAUAUCUAUAGCUAUCUAAGAAAUACGAUCUUAUUUUAGAUUUAUUGUCAUUAGUUAUACUCAUCUCCAGUCUAGUUUUGAGGAAAUUGUAAUACAAGA